AGUUGUCAUUUUCCGUCUGUUUUUAAUUUACCGGCAAUCGUUUCAAGGUUGUUUGGAUUCUGUGUCGCAGUAUUUGGUACUUGGUACAGCUGUUACUUUUAUUGAUCCAAAACCUUGAAUUUUGGUGCAAUCUUGAUUUUUUCGAUAAUCAUUUAAGCAGCACACUGAAAAUAUAUCAAGUAGGAAAUAAAAAGCACUGAUGCAGAUGAAUGAAUCCGGACACCGCAGUUCUGCAUAUCUGCAGGACAAGGAACGUAGGCGGCAAGAUAGAUCAGACGAUGUAACUUCACAUAAGAAUCUUCAUGACUCCUUCAAUGAUGAUGACGAAUCUCAUGAUCGCUACGAGCAAGCUCAAGUGGACAAAAACACGAAAUAUCGUCAUGAGUUAAAGCAGCAGUGUGAGGCCAAUGAGGAGACAAGACACCAGGUACGAGUGGAGUCUUCUAUGCAGCGGCAAGUGCGGGAAGAUAUUGGUACAAUCAUGGCUGAUCAAAACCAAAGGUGAGCAUUUUGUUGAUAUUUA